UGCGACGCAGAUUAAUGAAUAAUGUAUACAAAUCAGCUUUUCAGCUACUAAACGAAAGCGGGUGUUCAAUUUUGAUGCUCAUCCAAAACGUAAAAUCGCGUUGCAAUUUCUUUAUCACGGCUGGGAUUUUGAAGGGUUAGUGCAGCAGUCAAACACAGAAAAUACUGUAGAACGACAUUUGAUGGAUGCGCUGCUGAAGACAAAACUGAUUUCCGAUGUAAAAGAUUGUGAUUUUUCUCGCUGUGGACGAACCGACAGAGGGGUGUCCGCUUUCAAACAAGUUGCUGCACUUGUGGUGAGAUCAGCAGACACUUCUGGUAAAUUUGUGUUCUGGCCGGAAUCAACGGAUCAGACUUUGAUUGAUAACUAUCCCAAGAAGGAGGAACUUUCUUAUUUGAAGAUGUUAAACGGUGUUUUACCCAAGAACAUGAGCGUCUUUGCGUGGGCUCCGGUACCCCGAGAUUUUUCAGCCAGACAUGCUUGCAGUAUGCGGAUAUAUAAGUACAGUAUGCCUAAAGCUAAUUUGAAUAUAGAGCGCAUGCGUCGUGCUGGAGCUCUUCUUGUGGGAAUACAUGACUUUAGAAACUUCUGCCAGGUAUCUCAAAAUCUGCAGUUGUGUCUC